AUGCGAAGUUCUUCUGUCGAUGCCUCCGCCGACGAGGCAUUGGCCCGUAUGGGCUACAAGAGUGAAUUGCCUCGAAACCUGAGCAUGCUGAGCAUCCUCGGCUUAUCCUUUGCCAUCAUGGCAGCUCCCUUCGGACUGAGCACGACCCUCUACAUCACCCUCUCCGACGGUCUAUCCGUCACCAUACUCUGGGGUUGGGUCUUCGUCUCCCUGAUCUCAAUCGCCAUCGCCGCCUCUCUCGCCGAGAUCUGCGCCGUUUACCCAACAGCAGGAGGCGUGUACUACUGGAGCGCGAUGCUCUCAACGCGUCGCUGGGCCCCAUUGAUGUCCUUCAUCGACGGCUGGCUAACCCUCGUGGGCAAUUGGACCGUCACACUGAGUAUCAUCUUCUCCGGCGGCCAAUUGAUCCUCAGCGCCAUCUCCAUCUUCAAUGAGUCCUUCGUUGCCAAUGCGUGGCAGACCGUAUUGAUGUUCUGGGCAGUCAUGCUCGUCUGCGCCCUAGUCAACAUCUUUUUCUCGCGUUAUCUCGAUCUCAUCAACAAGGUCUGCAUCUUCUGGACCGCAGCCAGUGUCAUCAUUAUCCUUGUCACGCUUUUGACAAUGGCCGACAACCGCAGAGACGCUGACUUUGUCUUCGCUCACUACGACUCCUCUACGAGCGGCUGGCCCGCUGGAUGGGCUUUCUUCGUGGGUUUGCUGCAGGCGGCAUACACCCUGACCGGCUACGGAAUGGUCGCUGCCAUGUGCGAAGAGGUGCAGAACCCACACCGCGAGGUGCCCAAGGCAAUCGUGCUAUCCGUGGUGGCUGCUGGCAUCACCGGCCUGUUCUACUUGAUCCCGAUUCUGUUCGUGAUGCCCAACGUGCAGAUGCUGCGCGAGGUCGCCAGCGGCCAGCCGAUCGGCCUGCUCUUCAAGACAGUGACCGGCUCUGCAGGCGGUGGCUUCGGCUUACUCUUCCUGAUUCUGGGGAUCAUGAUGUUCGCCGGCAUCGGGUCUCUCACAGCUGCCAGUCGCUGCACGUAUGCGUUCGCUCGCGACGGCGCCAUUCCGGGCUUCACGCUCUGGCGGCAGGUGAACACCAAGCUGGAUGUGCCUGUGUGGGCUAUCGUGCUAUCGGCCGUCGUGGAUGGAUUGCUAGGACUGAUCUAUUUUGGUUCCACGGCUGCGUUCAACUCCUUCACCGGUGUGGCUACUAUCUGUCUGUCGACCUCGUACGGUCUCCCGAUUUUGAUCUCUUUGAUUCGAGGCCGCCAAGACGUGAAGAAUUCCUCGUUCUCUCUCGGUCGCUUUGGAUUCGCCAUCAACUGCGUUACCAUUGCGUGGAUCGUGCUGGCUGUCGCUCUCUUCUGCAUGCCCGUUACCUUGCCUGUUACCCCGGAGUCUAUGAAUUAUGCCAGUGCUGUUUUCGCUGGAUUCGGUGCUAUUAGUGUCAUCUGGUACUUUGCCUAUGCGCGCAAGCACUUUACUGGACCUCCGAUUAGCGGUGACGAGGCGCGCGCCGCCACCGAGUUGAUGACGGGUACGCCAGUGGAUGCGGAGAAACCGUUGCAGACGAUGAAGAAGUUACCGAGCGAGUAA